CACCUUCAAAAGCCACCGUCCGCUACCCUAGAUAUAUACCAGAACGGCAAACCUCCAACCAACCCUGAAAACCUGACAAAAUAAACUAGAAAGUGGCCACUGAGGCGGCAAAAUACAGUUAAAACCGGCUUCUAAGUUGUAGAAGUGCCUCUCUUUUCUGAUUUGUAACCCUUCGUGUUCUUGUGUAUCGUAAAUUUUUGUAAAUCUUGAACCUAAAACUCUCUAUUAUUUGUACAUCCCACCUAAAUAAAGAAAAAGUAAAGAUGCAGCAUGAUGAGGUUAUAUGGCAGGUUAUCAGGCACAAUCAUUGCAGUUUCAUGGCCAAAAUCGAGACGGGGAAGUUCUGUAGAAACCCGUAUAACGUAACCGGUAUUUGUAACCGAAGCUCAUGCCCGCUCGCUAACAGUCGAUACGCCACAAUUCGUGACCACGAUGGUGUUUUCUAUUUAUAUAUGAAAACUAUAGAAAGGGCUCACCAACCAAAUCAAUUGUGGGAAAGAGUUAAGUUGCCAAGGAAUUAUGAGAAGGCACUUGAAAUAAUUGACAAACAUCUGAUGUAUUGGCCCAAGUUUUUGGUACACAAAACAAAGCAAAGGUUGACUAAAAUGACUCAGAUGCGGAUUCGCAUGAGAAAGCUUGCUUUGAAGACAAGGGAGAAGAUUAUGACAACACCAAGGAAGGAGAAGAAAAGAGAGGCUAGAAGAGAGGAAAAAGCCGAAAAGGCAGCUGUUUUGGAUAAGAGUAUUGAAAAAGAAUUGCUGGAGCGCCUGAAAAAAGGGGUUUAUGGUGACAUAUAUAAUUAUCCUGCUGACAAAUAUAAUGAGAUCCUUGAUAAGGAACAGCUAGCUGCUAGGGAUUUGGAAGAUGAUGAGGAGGAAGCUGAAAUAGAAUAUGUUGAAGGGUAUGAUGAUCUUGAAGAGGAGGAGGAUAUGGAAGAUUUUGGUGGUGUUGCCAUUAAUAAAUUUCAUACAGAUGAUGAUGAUGUUGGAGUGGAUGAUGAUGAUGAGGGAAGGGUAGCAGUUGAUCGCAAAAGAUCAAGAAGAGAAUCUAACUUGGCUUCGAGAAAGCUUGAGAAAGCUGAACCUGGUGCCAAACUGAAGAAGAAAGCAAGGGUACUUGUUGAGGUUGAGCAAGAAGAUGCAGACGAGAGACAAAAAGCAGUCUACUGAGAGUUUCACUGUGUUCCUUUAAUUUGAUUUCCGAACGACUAGCAGUGGCAAUUUUAUAGUCAUAAGAUAUAACUGCAUAGAUUGAUAGUGAGAGGAAGCGCAAUUGUGUUGAGUUGCGUUAGCCUGCCAAAUUUUGACCCAGUUGCCUUAUGUGUUUUCUUUUUCCAGUAUCUGUAUUGGAUCUGAGUUGAUGAAGUAAAAUUUGUGAUGGCACACACUGCAUCAUAUGAAUGUA